GUAUAAAAGCAGGACAACACCUUCAGCCCCUCCCACUGGUGUGUUCACUCUGACCUGGAACACACCACCACUACCACCACCACCACCUCCACACCAGCAUCACCACAACCAACCUCGACAGGGUCGAUACCGCUGCCAUCACACUAUGCAGGUGACACUUAAAUCGCUGGUUCUGUUGGUGUGGGUGCCUUCUUGCCUCGCUCAGAUCGGACCACCGAGAACUUACAAGGCGCCACGCUUUCCCGGCUUCACUUCUCCAGCUCCCCCCGCACCAGCGCCACCCACCAACGUCCUCCCACCUGCAACCAACGGCCGGCAGAAAUGUGCCCCAGGUGACAGGGUGCCAGGUCCCACCUGCACUUCGUUCUAUAUGUGUGUAGGUGGUAGUAAAUAUGCCACAAGAAGAGCAAAGUUUGAAUGUGCCCCAGGGACAGUCUUUGACAGCCAGAUGGGCAGCUGCGUCUUCAGCUCAGGAUCAGACUGCAUCCCAUUAGUGGUAGCACCACCAGCCACACCCCCCACCACAACUACCAAUUCUUGCACACGUUAUCAGCUGGACUCAACCUCAGUAUUUGAAUGUCUGGAGGAAGGCGUUUUCCCUUAUGCCUCGGGCUGUGCACUGUUCUACAAGUGUUUGGUGACAAUGGGCUGCACGAUAAAAGGGUUUCUCUUCAGCUGCCCACCCGGCUAUCUCUAUGACAAUCAGCUGAAGAGGUGCGAGAAGGAGACUAUAAUAGGGCCGUGUGACCGACUGUCGGAUGCCGUUGUACAAACCCAUGUAAUCACGCCGGUUGUUGAGAUCAAGCCAGAGAAACUAGACCAAUUUUUCGAGUCAGACAUAUAUUGGGACCUGAUGCCGUUCUUGCCCAACGAGCCUCAGAAACUUGUGCCUAUCCUACCAUCCAGCUUCUCCCGAGCACCAGACCGGGAGGUGAGGCCAUUUGCUUAAGGGUUGGAACGUCAUAUGAAUAUUGUGUCACUGGGAGGGAUAAUCAUAUUAGAAAUACAACAGGUUAACAAAGAAUGGACUAAAAUAAAUCAACUUGGUUCUUUCUUGAAUAAAGUUAACUUGUGUUUCUGAUCAGUUUUCAAGUUGUUGGUGGAAUGAUGUUAAAAUAUGUUGAUAUUUUUUAUCACAGUACAUAAACAUACACAUUUAUGUAUUAUGAUAUUAUGUAAUACAACGUUUUUUUCACUGGUUGAUGUGUUUUUCAUAUACCUUUAUAUUUGUCUCUCAUGAACCUCUUAAAUGUUAGUAAUUUCUGUAAAAUUCACAUAUCUGUAGAGCGAAAAUAAACCGAUAUAUCUCUGGUUGUUUUAAGAAUUAGCGUUUCUUCUAAUAACUUUUAGAGUAUGCAUAAUAUUAUUGAUAGUUGUAGGAUAGAUUUACUAGAUAUCAUGAACGUUACCGGCAAGUUUAAAGGAUAUGUGCUAAUUUUAGUGAUACUUACAUUAUCUUUGGUCUUGUCUCGUAAAAGGCUUAUGGUUAUCACGAAAUAUCUCUUACUGUUAUGAAAAAAAAUAAAAUAACUAUAGGUUG